UUGUUCGCUGUAACCAACAGAAAAAGAAAUAAAAGAAAAACAGAAGUAGGCUUUUUUGUUCGUGUGUCGAGGGGUUGAGGCCAUAGCGAUAGCAGGAAGAAAGAGAAGAAGAUGCUGCGAGUCGCGGGAAGAAGGCUUUCAUCUUCUGCAGUGGCUUGGAGGUCGUCGCAGACAACCCCAGCCUUUGUCUCUGGAUCUCAUCCGCUUUUCAAUAACAACGACGACUCUUCCCCCGAUGGCCCUUCCAGAUCCCCCAAUCAAUUUUUCUUCCAUUCCCAUUUUCCAUCUCUGAUCAGAGGAUUUUCCUCUGAAGCCCUUGCUCCCGGACAUGAUAUUGGUCUUAUCUCAGAAAUCCCAGCUACCGUGGCAGCUGUGAAGAAUCCUUCUUCAAAAAUUGUAUAUGAUGAGUACAACCAUGAAAGAUAUCCACCUGGUGACCCCAGCAAGCGGGCAUUUGCUUAUUUCAUCUUGACAGGUGGCAGAUUUGUGUAUGCCUCCUUGAUCCGGCUUCUGGUCCUCAAGUUUGUACUGAGCAUGUCUGCCAGCAAAGAUGUCCUUGCCCUUGCUUCCCUUGAGGUUGAUCUGUCCAGCAUUGAGCCUGGUACUACUGUUACUGUGAAGUGGAGGGGGAAGCCUGUUUUUAUUAGGCGUAGGACUGAAGAUGACAUCAAGUUGGCUAAUAGUGUAGAUGUUCAGUCCCUUCGUGACCCCCAACAGGAUGCAGAGAGGGUUAAGAAUCCAGAAUGGCUUGUUGUUGUUGGGGUCUGCACUCACUUAGGAUGCAUCCCCUUGCCAAAUGCUGGUGAUUUUGGUGGUUGGUUUUGCCCAUGCCAUGGUUCGCACUACGACAUUUCUGGCAGGAUCCGCAAGGGACCUGCACCAUACAAUCUAGAGGUACCCACUUACAGUUUUUUGAGUGAGAACAAGCUGCUGGUUGGAUGAGCAUUGCCGGGCAGUUUUUAUUUUCUCAGGUGCAUCAUUUUUACGCGAGGUCUCAUAAUUCAUAGCUUCCUCGACAUCAGGGAAUGUGAUGUUUGCAAACUUCAAUUUUUAUUCUAGUCAUGGUUAACAUAUUUGGAUUUUGUAUCUGCAGUCGGUACUGGUUGGAGUUCCGAUGUCUUGAAUAAUACGAUUACAUUUUUGUUUACCGUGU